AUGGCAGCCAGCAACGGUAAUAUUACAGCUGAUCAAUCAGCGCUUCUUGCUUUUAGAGAUCGCAUGAUCACUUCAGAUUCUCACAAAAUCUUGCCAAAAAACUGGUCAGUUACCUCCUCCGUCUGUGAUUGGAUGGGAGUCACCUGUGACGCUCAACAACGUAGAGUGACUGGCUUGAAUAUCUCAAAGAUGAACCUUACUGGUACCUUACCUCCUCAACUUGGGAACCUGUCCUUUCUGGUUUUCCUUGACAUUAGCAGCAACAAUUUCCACGGAGAAUUGCCUCGUGAGUUAGUUCACUUGCGCAGAUUGAGAUACCUUGAUUUUGGGAUCAACAAUCUCGGUGGAGAGCUCCCCUCCUGGUUUGGUUCUUUAUACAAACUCCAAUACCUGUCCCUCAGAAACAAUAGCUUUACGGGUUCUAUCCCGCCUUCCAUCUCUAACAUGUCAAACUUGGAAACUUUAUGGUUGUCUUGCAAUUCAAUUGAGGGGACCGUUCCAACAGAAUUUCAGAAUCUUCAUAAUUUGAAGAAUUUGAUUAUUGAGAGUAAUCAGCUUUCCGGUCCUUUGCCUUUCCAUGCCUUCAAUCUUUCCUCAAUGGAAAGCGUUUCCUUCCUGAAUAACAGCCUAUCUGGCAUUUUUCCGGACGACAUCUGUCACCGCCUUCAGAAACUUACAUGGCUUAGUCUAGCAGAGAACAAUUUGAUCGGUCGAAUACCUUCAACGGUGUCACAGUGUUCACUGCUUCGGUAUCUUGCCUUGUUUGGGAACCAUUUCACUGGAUCCAUACCUAACGGAAUCGGGAACUUGACAAUGCUGGAGGACCUAUACCUGCAGAUGAACAAUUUAACAGGUGCAAUUCCAACUGAAAUAGGGGAUUUAGCUAUGCUGACAGAGUUAGAUUUUGACAACAACAAAUUGACUGGUGGAAUACCUGAAAAGAUUGGGAACCUUCACAAAUUGGAGGAGCUUCAUUUACACAACAAUACAUUAUCGGGUUCCAUACCAGCAACAAUUUUUAACAUCUCAUCUCUCAAAACAAUUCAACUCUGCCAGAACAAGUUUUCAGGAACUAUUCCUUUGACAAUGAGUAAUAAGCUAAGCAAUCUGCAGUAUUUUAAUAUUUACCAUAAUUUCUUGAGUGGAGUUAUACCUAGCUUCAUCUCAAAUGCUUCUCAGCUAGUUACUUUGUCGCUUGACAAUAAUGAGCUUACAGGUUCAAUCCCCGACUCUUUAGGAAGUUUAAGAAAUCUAGAAUUUCUAAACUUGGCUUUCAACAAGCUGUCAAGUGAUCCCUCAUCUCCAGAAUUAAGCAUUUUCACUUUCUUGAUGACUUGGAGAUUCUUGAGAUAUCUAGGAGUGGAUCAGAAUCCUCUAAAUGGUUUUCUACCUGCUUCUUUUUCUAACUAUUCGACUCUUGAACACUUGAAUGCAUUCAGUUGUAAAAUCAAAGGAAACAUCCCAGUCGGAAUCAGCAAUUUGAGCAGUUUACUAGUUCUAGAUUUUUCAGGUAAUGAAUUGAUUGGAUUUGUACCAAGAACUAUCCAUAGGUUGACAAAUCUUCAGGAGUUGACAUUGGACUUCAAUCAAAUAAGAGAUGUCUUGGAUAUUUUUUGCGGACUGCAUAGUUUGGGUUUGUUACAAUUGAGUCAAAAUCAAAUCUUUGGUAGUAUUCCAGAAUGCUUAGGAAAUAUGACAAAUUUGAGACAGAUUUUUCUAGGCUCCAAUAGGUUGACUUCCAUGAUACCUGCUACCCUACUGAGCAUGAAAGAUCUCCAAAUUCUCAAUCUGUCAUCAAAUUUCUUAAGUGGAUCGCUACCUUUAGAGAUCGGGAAUCUCAAAGAAGCAUAUAGUUUGGAUAUCUCGUCUAAUCAAUUAUCAGACAAAAUCCCUACAACAAUUGGAGAGCUACAAGUUUUACAGAGCCUUUCGUUGGCAAAAAAUAAUUUGCAGGGUUCUAUACCAGAAUCAAUAAGUAAUAUGCUCAGCUUGGAAUUCUUGGACCUUUCACACAAUUAUAUCUCUGGUGCGAUACCCAAGUCAUUGCAAACACUUAAGGUUCUCAUGGAAUUUAACGUUUCUUUUAAUAGAUUAAGCGGCGAAAUUCCUCAAGGUGGUCCCUUCAAAUACUUUACAGGUCAAUUGUUCAUGAACAAUGAAGCACUCUGUGGUGACCCAAGGCUUGGUGUUCCACCAUGUCAGUGUAAUUCAAGAAAAAGAAAGGUACUUGUCAUUAGUCUAUCAGUGAUUGCAGCAAUAAUGAUAAUAGCAAUUGUAGCAAUAUUGGUUCUAAGGUGGUUGAAGGAGCCAAAGGGUUCAGGUGGAACAGAGUUGAUGUCAGUGGCAAAAUAUGAAAGAUUUUCCUACUAUGACCUUUUGCACUCAACUGAUAACUAUAGUGAAAGCAAUUUGCUUGGAGAAGGGAGCUUUGGUUCUGUUUACAAAGGUAUCCUAAAUGAUGGCAUUGCUGUGGCUAUCAAGGUAUUCAACUUGCAAGUGGAAGGUGCAUUAAAAAGCUUUGAUAGAGAAUGCGAGGUACUAAGGAGUUUACGCCAUCGAAAUCUUACAAUGGUGCUCGGUAGCUGCUCCAACCCUGAUUUUAAAGCCUUGGUACUCAAAUACAUGCCUAAUGGGAAUCUUGAUAAGUGGUUGCACUUUCGUGACCAUUUCUUAGAUCUAUUUCAAAGAGUAAAUAUAAUGAUUGAUGUUGCUUGUGCAUUGGAAUAUCUACAUUAUGGUUAUGAUACUCCUGUGGUACAUUGUGACCUAAAGCCUAGUAAUAUCUUGCUUGAUGAAGAUAUGGUUGCUCAUGUAAGUGAUUUUGGUAUAUCAAAAAUGUUUGGCGAAGGAGAAAGUAUUUUGCAUACCAACACCCUCGCAACACUGGGAUACAUUGCACCAGAGUAUGGAUCAGAGGGGAUGAAGCCUAGUGAUGAAAUGUUUUCAGGAGAUUUGAGCCUUAGAAGCUGGGUAGAAGAUUGUCUUCCUGAUGCACUUCAAGUCGUUGAUGCAAACUUAAUAAGGCCAGAGGAUGAGCAUUUCACUCACAAGCUAAAGUGUGUUUUAUUGAUCAUGAAUUUGGCUCUAAACUGCUGUAGAGAAUCUCUAGGAGAAAGGAUGAACAUGAAAGAUGUUUUAGCAAAUUUGAAGAAGAUUAAACAGCAGCUUCUUCUGAUACCAACUGUCAGACCUUGA